AUGACAUUAAAUUCAGAAAAUAAAAUCGUGAGUUAACUGAAAUUACUCCGAGGCCUACUCCCUUGGAGUAGGUUGGACCUAUCUUUAUGAAGCUGAAAGCAGGCCUCUGUCAUUUUUAAGUUUUGAGAUGCAUUGCCAAAGAGGUUCUCCCCGAAAGGUUUAUUCCCUACCAUAUGGUCUUCCCUCAUCGAAAGCUAUCGGGACAUCGUACAGGCGAUGGUCUCUCCUAGUGAGCAAUCGCUUGGGUAGGUAGGAAUACGAUAUUUUGCCCGCUUAUGGCCAGCAUGAUUGUUUAAUUUAUUACACUAAAUGCUCCUGUGUGUAAUUAUGCAGUAGAAGCUUUUUAUGAUUUAGGAUUAAGAAAAGGGGAUAUUUUAUUUUAUACAGGCUAUCUUGACCACCUUAACUCAGUGGGGACUAAUGAUGAGUUUCUUUACAAGAGGAUAGAAAUUGGAAUACCAUUAAUGAGUAUUUGGCAGUCAAUUUUCAUAGGGAAUAAAGGUAAGGAAAUUUACGAUGAGUUUUAUUCCACUUAUAAUAAUACUGAGCCAGGAUUAUUUGCGUGCCCUUAUUUUGAUGCUGCAUAUUUGAUUGGUUCAGCCUUGGAUUGGGCAAUCAAUCGUGGGCUUGACUACGAAAACCCAGCAGUCUUUCAAAAAUCAAUAAGAGAUGUCAAAUUUAUAGGGUGCACUGGAACAGUUUAUAUUCAAAAAAAUACUAACUUCCCCAACAAAAAUAUUUUGUUCGCUCACGGAGGGGGCUAAUUUUUCUAUUUAAAAAAAUUUAUAUAUAAAUUUUUAUAAAAAAAUAAUUUUUUUUAAAAAUUUUAAAAAUCCUAAUUCCAAAAAUUGGAAAGCAAAUAUUAAUUUAAUUUAUAAAAUUUAUGUUUUAAAAUGCAAUUUGUCUAAAAUUAAACAAAAUCAGUUCAUAAUUUCAUUAUAUUAACUAUUACUUAUAUAUCAAUUUUUUUCCAUAAAAAAAAUUCUAUUAAAUUUAUUUUUGUUCACGGAGGGAGGGUUUUUUGGGCAAGAAAUACGGAUUUUUCUAAUGGUUUUGUUCGCUCGUGGGGAGUAAUGAUAGAUCUAUAAGUAGUCUUUCUAUUAGAGCAAAUACUUAUAGCCCUAAUGCAGGUGUAACAGUUUACACAGUAGGCUAUCUUAAACCUUCUAGCUCUGAAUUCCUAACCAUAAUUCACCCUAUUGUCUAUUCAGAUGGAACCACAAUUAAGCCUCCAGAUUUCAGGGGCACUAAUAAUAAUUGUCCAUUUGAUAACAAGCUAAAGCAAACAUUUUAUAUGGGCCGAGCUCUGGUUUUUGGAAUUUGCUUUAUUGUAGCUGCUAUAACCGCUAUUAUAACCUUCAUAAUUUGGAAGAAAUGAUGGAACAUAAAGAUUGAGGAGCUCAAAACACCCCAAGAAAUAUCGAUCCAAGAUUUUAUUAUUGGUGCCAGUAUUAUAAUUGAAUUUUUCCAGCUUCUUUCUAUGGGGCCUGACAUUAGGCCUUUAAAUUCUUUUAUUGCUGAUAUUGGAGAUCUCGUAUCUUUAGAUCUUGAAUCAUUUUUAAAGCUUGAAAACGGCAAGUUUUGGUGGCUUUCAACAUCAGUCAUUGGUCUCUGCGGGCUUUGACUAUUCCUAUGUCUUAUAGUACUGUUUCGAAUCGACGAAAAAUAUGAGUAUAUUUCUCUUUUCAGAGUUUUAGGAUUUUUGGCUAAUUAAAAGCAAUUAAUCAAUUCAGCGUAAAAAAUUUACAUAAUCUAUUUGAACUUUUCUCUUGAAGAAUUAAUGCCAAUAUUAGGAAACUUAUGCUUUAUCCCAUUUAUAUCAACCCUCCUUGAUAUUUUUGUAUGUGAUGAGUCAAUAGGUAACAGUUUUACUAAAAGCUUCCUCUCUAAAGAUUGCUAUCAGUUUUGUUGGCAAGGCUCUCAUAUUAUUUAUGUUGUGCUCUCCAUCUUUGCACUAUUUUGCUAUGAGCCCUUAGCAGUGUUCUGUAGGCCUUUAUGGCAAGAAUUAGAAUCUAAUUUGCAUGUUAAAUCACUUCCGUUGUAUCUUAUGUCAAAAACAGUUAUUCAGGUAAUAUUGGUGGUGAUGCAUAAAACUUUGAAAAGAAGUAACGAAAUAGCCCAUGGAUGCGUAUUUACAGUCUUAAUCAUUCUAUAUACAGGAUUUAUAUGGAAAUUCAAAGCUUAUAAUUAUGGAAGGUUUAACUGAUGGCAGCAGUUAAGUUUGAUUGGGGUUGCUUGAAUAACGCUUUUAUCAACCGCAUGCGCUAUUGAUGGGAAUUCUAGCUUCCCUUAUCUGCCUUUAAUUUUAUCUGGAUGGUUUUUAAUAGUUGUAGUAGGAUUGAUUGUUCAAAGAAAGAAAUAUCCAAGCUUGCUAUAUAGACAAAAAGUCAAAGAUACUUCAACUUUAUUCAAGUUUGCAUUUUCUUUUGGAAAGAAAUCACAGGUGCUACAUUCAAAAAUUACUCCUCAGAAAUUAAACCUAUAUAAGUAA